CCUCUCAUGUACCCCAUGGACCCAGAAGUCAAAAGGAAGGAUCUAGAGAUCUAUGAGCCUGUGACUGAUCCCCAGGGGCCUGCCAUGACUUGGAGCAUGUUUGCAAUUGGCUGGUUGGAGCUGAAGGAAAUCAAAAGAGCACAACAACAGAUGAGCAAAUGUUUCAGAAACAUCACCGAGCCAUUCAAGAUCUGGGUGGAAACCUCUGAUGGAUCAGGAGCUGUAAAUUUCUUGACCGGCAUGGGUGGAUUUCUGCAAGCCAUCUUUUUUGGAUAUGCUGGGUUCAGGAUCUCCAGAAGCUGCCUGAAAUUUGACCCUGUUUAUCCUGAUGACAUAAAGCAGCUGAACAUUACUGGAAUUUGCUACUUAGGAAGCAAGCUGAAUCUCAUCUUCACCAAAGAGAAAACCACCAUCCAAAUGACUAAGUCUUCUCCAAUUUACACUUAUCUGUUCUGGAGGUGGUACUGGCUGGAACAGGAGAGCAUCUGUCCUUAAAAGAAGGGAAAAGUGUUUCCUUCUUUACAACUGCUGGCUGGAUUCAGAAAGAAUCUGUUCUGCCAUGAAAGCCGGCUGGGUGACUUUGGGCCAGUUCCUCUCUCUCAGCUCAACCUACCUCACAGGGUUGUUGUUGUUGUUGUUGUUGUUGUUGUUGUUGGGAAUAAAGGAAAAGGAAGGUGUAUUAUACCCAACACACUCUGAAUUAUUUCUAAAAAUAAUAAGUACAGUUUAAGUAAAGAAGCAAUGACACAUAUAAAAACAAUUAAAAAGAUGACAAUUUUUUAUUCUAUGUUAUUACAGGCAUAUUACAGAGAUUUUUACUAAUUUCUCAGCAAUAUUAUUGGAGAAAUGUUUCUUUAAUCAGUACCUAAUGUUAUACAGCCUGGGAUAAUACAAAUUCUAUGGAUACUUAAUUGAAAAAAGUGCCUUUGUCUUCCUGCUUUAAUAUUGUUGAGUUGUAGGAAUCCAACUGGGUGUUGAACAUUUAUAUCAUUUGCACAAUGUAAUUCUUGCAUUAGAGGUAAUCAUCGACUUACAACAGUUCAUUUAGUGACUACUCAAAGUUACAAAGGCACUGAAAAAAAACUGGCAUGACCA